UCAGCCACAGCAUCUUACUGCCAGGCGAAGGAAGGAGUCCAGGAAACACACACACACACAGAGAUCAGUAGGACCUAACCAGCUGUUUCCAGGAACAUCUCCUGCAGCCUGAGCUGAGCGUUGGAUGUUUGGACUUGAUGCAUCAUCACAUGGAGGCAUCUGGAGCAGCUUGUGCUCCAGGAUUUAUUCUCUAACCUGUGGCAGUGUAGGAGCGCAGACUUCAGCAGUGGGACGAUCCCGGCUGUGGUUUUUUGGAUUCUAGAGCUGAGAACUCAUGAGCAUGUACACAACAUUUUACCUGUAGCGUCAUGUUGUGUGCCCUCUGUUUUUUAGCAUGACUGCUGUCAACAGUUUAGACUGUGUGUAAGAGCCAUCCAGAGUUUCUGUUUGUGUGUGUGUUGUGUGUGAAUGUGUGUGUGUCAGGAUGAGUGUUCCCAUGUUGAAGAUCGGUGCGGUGCUCAGCACCAUGGCUAUGGUAACUAACUGGAUGUCCCAGACUCUGCCGUCGCUGGUCGGACUCAAUGGAACCGUCAUUUCCUCUGAAGGCACACAUGAGCGAAUCGUCAGUGGUUUGUACCCAGGCUCAGAGGAGGGCUGGCAGGUGUACAGCACGGCCUCAGAUCCUGACGGCAGGUGUGUUUGCACGGUGGUCGCUCCGGCACGAAACCUCUGCAAACGAGACCCUCGGAGUCGACAACUACGCCUGCUGACUGAACAGGUUCAGAAUGUGAGUCAGUCUAUGGAGGUGGUAGACCUGCGAACAUCCAGAGACCUGCAGUAUGUCCGAGACUCUGAGCCGCUGCUGAGAGGAGUGGACGGACGUUUACACACUUACGUCGCCAACCCCCGCACUCUGACGGCUAAGGGCCUGCAGGAGCUAAAGGGCCAGAUGUCUCAGCUACGACCCCUACUGUCAGUGGUGGAGCAGUACAGAUUGGACCUUCAGACACUGGCCACCCUGCGAAUGGAGCUCCUCAACCUGUCAGUCAUCCUGACAUCCAUUCAGGAAGAGAUCGGAGCGUACGACUAUGAGGAGCUUCAGCAGAGGGUUUUACUGCUGGAGACCAGGCUUCACAGCUGCAUGAACAAACUUGGUUGUGGUCGUCUGACUGCAGUUAGUAGCCCAAUCACCGUGAGAGCCUCAGGGUCCCGCUUUGGCUCCUGGAUGACUGAUGCCAUGAUUCCCAGCUCUGACAGCAGGGUGUGGUCCAUGGACGGCUACUACAAGGGCAGGCGUGUGUUGGAGUACAGAACCAUGGGGGAUUUCACAAAGGGGCAGAACUUUGUGCAGCAUCUGUUGCCCCACCCCUGGGCAGGAACUGGCCACGUGGUGUACAAUGGGUCACUCUACUACAACAAACACCAGAGCAACAUCUUGGUUCAGUACCAUUUCCGCUCUCGCAGUGUGUUGCUCCAGCGCAGCCUGAGUGGAGCUGGCUACAACAACACCUUCCCCUACAGCUGGGGAGGAUCCUCUGACAUCGACCUCAUGGCGGAUGAGAUGGGCCUGUGGGCGGUAUACACCUCCAUCCCAAAUGCUGGAAACAUUAUGGUGAGUCGUCUGGACUCCCGCUCGCUGGAAAUCAUCCGCAGCUGGGACACGGGGUUUCCUAAGCGCAGCGCAGGGGAGGCCUUCAUGAUUUGCGGUACCCUGUAUGUCACCAACUCUCACCUGGCCGGGGCCAAGGUACACUUUGCCUACCACACCAACUCCUCAACGUACGAGUACACUGACAUCCCCUUCCAUAACCAGUACUCCCACAUCAGCAUGAUGGACUACAACCCCAGAGAGAGAGCGCUGUACACCUGGAACAACGGACACCAGGUGCUCUACAACGUCACACUGUUUCACGUCAUCAGGAGUGACGGAUAGAUCAACACGCUGGAUAGGCUAAAAAAAAAAGAGAGGGAGUAUUUGGGUCGUUAAAGGGUGAUGCAACUUACAACACACACAUACACAUGCACACACAAUGGCCAUCCACAUCAACGGGAAAAUGAGAACUGUCUGUGUUUGAAUUUGAAUGACUUCUAGACUACGAGAGCUCACAGAGCUAAUAACUAGACACAAAACACAGUUGUCGAACACAUGCCUAAAGGUCACAGACAAGAGUAUUCAUCAUGGAGAAGAAGAAUAUUAACUGCUUCUGCUACAGGGACGCUGUUAGAACGAAGUCAGACAGUUUGAGCUCAUCCAUAUUCUGUUGCGUUUUAUUCCACUUGUGUCUCAAGAAGUAAUUUUGGAAGUUGAGGUCGAUCGUUGAAAAAAAAAAAAUGCAGCUCGUGAAAUGAAUUUCAACUCUCUUCAAACUUCGAGCUCUGGUGAUGGACCUGACGGAGAUAUUCUGGGUUUGUGAUGUGAUCGUGGAAGUGUUCAGUCAGCAUGGUUGUUCAUUCAAUAAACAUUACUGUCAAACUUU